AUGAUGGGUUUCCUUGAGGAAAAGGAGUUCUCUGGAAAUCUACAUAUCAUUGAUAGACUCAAAUGUUCUGCGAAGGAGGGCACAGAAGAAGAGGAAGAUGACGAUACAGAGAAUAAGGCAGAGGAUGAGGAAGAGGAGACGGGAGACGAGGAAGAAAGUCGGGAAAAAUAUGGAAGUUCGGGAAAGUCAUGGUUAGCUGUUCCGAAUACGGCUGGAAGUACGAGAAUCCCGCGAGUUAUUGGAGUCGGGAGGGAGACCCCCCCGAGACCUGAAAUCCCGCGCAGUCCAAGAAUCAGGAAGAAGCCACCGGCCCCUAGUGUCCCAAAGGUGACCCUGGCUGAAAAAAUGAAGGUCUCGGCGGACUUGAUCCAGCCUGGGGUCGAGGGGAAACCGGCCAUCUACGAGCUCAGUAAAUCCGUCGUGGUGGAAAAUAAGGAUCUUGGAAUAGUGAAAUUCGACAUCGGACGACGGCUUCAUACAAAACAGGAAGAGAGGGUUCUCAUGAUCGUGGGACAGACGGGCGCAGAGGCGACCCUUCCUCAUGGAAUUUCCCAUCCCUCAGGAAAGACAACGAUGAUCAACGGUUUGACGAACUACGUGUAUGGCAUCGAAUGGAAAGAUGACUUCCGGUUCAAGAUAAUCACUGAGAAGGGCGACGUGAACGCGGAUGACAAGGCCCACAGCCAAACGAAAGGGGUCUCGGCCUAUUCCUUCAAUUGGAAGCAGGGGAUGAGGAUCCCGUACACGCUCACGGUGAUCGACACACCUGGCUUCGGAGACUCUGAAGGCCUCCACAAGGAUGAGGAGCUUGUCGUCAAGAUGCGAGAGUUCUUCGAGCUAUGCGAACCACAUGGCUUGAACACCGUGAACGCCGUGGGAUUUGUGCUGCCCGCUUCCAUUGCAAGGCUGACGGCCUCGCAGAAGUAUAUUUUUCACGCCAUCACCCAAAUGUUCGGCAUCGACACGAAGAAAAAUUUUAUGCUGCUUGUCAGCUUCUGCGACGGGCAGGAACCAGCGGCCAUCGUCGUCGUGAGGAAUGCGAAGCUGUUCUAUCAAAACUUUCACCCUUUCAAUAACUCGGCCCUCUUCGCUAGCAAUAAGGAUCGGAUGCAAGAGAUGUUCUGGGAAUUGGGACUCAAAAGCAACAAGAAUUUCCUGGAAGCUUUAGGCGAGAUGACGCCCGUUGGCCUCGCCAUGACGAGGGAGGUGCUUGUUGAAAGACGAGCUCUUGCUGAGAACCUAAAAAAAUUGCAGGAGCAAAUCCCAAGAGCUACAUCCAGCUUAACUGCUCUUCAGGAAGAAUGCAGACUCCUCAGAGAAAAGAGAGAGGAGGUGACAAAGGUCGCGGAUGUCGCGGAGAAGCGAGUGAAAAUCCCACUUGAGAAGGAGAAGGCUGUAAAUUGCAACGAGUGCAGUAGGACCACCUGCGAAUACCCGGCAUCGACUUCCAAACCAAAGGACGUCAAGCACUGCCAUUGUAUGACCUGGAACGAACAGAAGAAGAUGAUAUGCAGUAAAUGUGGCUGCUCCUGGAAGAAUCACUCUCUGGAAGCCAAACGCUAUGAAGAAAAGUCGAUAUUGAGGAGCAAAACUCGAGAAAACUCGGCGAGAGUUACUCAUCAGAUUAGGACCCAAACGCUGGGGGUCGUGGAAACUCCAGAUGCUGCAAUACACCAGCCAAACAGCAUGAUGGGAACUCUUAAGGCUUUCUUCAUCUCCAUCCUUGGGAGGAACUCAAGGAAGACAUGA